AUGCGGUUUUACGUGGAGGCGUGCUUCAACACGGACGCUCCAGGACUUAUUCUUUCCACCACCCCCGGAGAGGACCGCGCUGCUUUAGUUGCGGACAACUGCCGGGUAGAGCUUCGACUCCACACCCCAAAUGCCGACACGUCCAUUUCAAAAAAUGUCGCACCCGUUCUCGAAGCGCUGCCGUGGGACAGCUCUCAACUGCGUCUCUGUGUAAAUGGGAUCAGCUACGGCACAGGUCCGCUGAUGCUGCGCGACCGCGACGCUCUGACGCUGCAGGAGAAGGCGUCCCCGGACGCACGCACGCCCCAAGAGUACGUCUACUCCAUAACAGCUCUCCCCGACGUUUCGCCGUGUGCUUCGUCCGCUGCGGAGGGCAAUGGCAACCAUCACCGCAGCAAACCUUCCCAUGCGGAGGAUCAGCGGCUGCACGUCGUCCUCGGCAACGUGGCCGAGUAUGCAAAGUGGAACAACUUUUACAGUGAUCGGUUUGGCGACUGCGCGGUGGUCGCCGCAACACCUGCGGCCAAUACGUCGUGCGCAGGAUUCGUCGUGCCGUUGCGCAGGUGCUCCUGUGGGCACUACCUGCCGAAAGAUAGAGGCGUCGCCGCCCGCGUGACUUCGUGCGCCUCUGCCCGCAACGUCACUGGAGUGGGCGGCGUCUCUGUGCUUCCUGCUGCUGCAACGGCAACCGAGACCCACAGAGCAUCUCGAGCCCUCGUCACUCUGCUCCCCAGCAUCCCCACGCUUCUCGAUGCAGAGAACGAAGCUGUGCAACGCGGUGCCUUGGCGCCGCCUGCGGUCGCGCCGCGCUGUGCGUGGCCGAGCGUACCUUCUCGUACCGGUGGCCGAGGAGGGAUUCAGGUGCUGAACAUCCGCCGUGAAGCUUCUUCGGUCUCUGCCACGGAAGAGGCAAAGAACGACACUGCUGAUAACGGUAGCGGCUCCCAUGAGGUGCCUGUCAACGAACGCGGUGACGCAGCGCUUUCCUCUGGAGGCGUUUCCGCGUGGACAGCGUACUAUAAAGCUCGCGAAAAGGACUGGCAGGGAGUGGAUUCCGUCUCCACCUCGAAGGAACCAAGUACCCAAGACACAUUUUUGAAGGCUCGGUUCGACCGACCCAUCGCAGAUUUGCUGCUGCGCGUCGCUUCGUUGGAGAGCGCGUUGAUGGGCUGUCGUUACGAGUGA